AUGGCUGCAUCGCGGGUGCGAAGACCUCCCCAUCGGAGGCUGCCCUGCCUUCAGCUAGCGCGCUUGUCCAUCAUUGCUGCGAUAGUGUCUUGGCAAAGCUGGAAUUCCACGACCUGGCUUUCGUUGCCGAAGCGACCGGCGACUUUGGAUCGUCGCGGUGCCCUCGCCGCAUCACUAGCUGCGCUGAGCCUACCACAAACAGCAGUUGCUGAGGAGAAGGUUCCUCCAGGUUCCAUCCCGGCAGAUCUGGUUGCAACCUCUGUUGGUCAGAAGGUGACAACCCCAAACGGUGUUAUCUAUGAGCCACUCGAGCUUGGUACAUCGGAGACGGGCCCCAGGAACGGGCCGCCGCGCGGAGGAGCGAAUCUUCUGCUCAGGUAUACGGCGCACAUUCAGGGCUUCGACGGUCCUGUCAUAGAUUCAUCUGCAUUCAGGGGCUCGCGCAAGCCCAACAAAGUGGAUUUCGUCGAGUGCAGACUAAACGUUGAUCCAUCGCUCCCAAACUGUGUCUUUGAAGCACGGGCCACGGUGCUUCCUCCAUGGAGCUGUGUUCGUCCUGUUCAUGGGCAUUGA